CUGCGACGGUGUUACGUAUGUCUAGUGUGUGAUGACUGGCACCCACAUCCAGCCCGCGGUUUGAAGGAUAUCUCCUGGAAGGAACGUCUUUUUGAGGUCCUAUGGGAGUUCUGACAGCCGCAGUUUGUCUGUUGGCAGCCGUGGGAGUGGGGUGUCGGCCAGUAAUCUCACCACUCAAUGAUGCAAAGGUUGAAUGUAUCAUUCAAGAAACUCUGAAUGGGGAUGGGUCGCAACAUGAGUGUGACCCUCAGCUAGCAGCGGAACUUGAUGAAGUACAAAGACACCAGGAUCUUCUCGGGGAGCUGCAGAGGCUGGCUGAUGAAGAGAGAGAGCGGUAUGAGUAUAACCUAGCUGAUGAAGAGGGUGAUUUGGAGUCGAAGGAUGACGACAGCGAUGCGACCAAAACAACAGUGGAAGACGAUCCCAAGAAGAGGGAGAUGAAUGAGCCAAAGAUCGAUGAUACAGGGAUCCACGAUGACGAGGAGAGAGCUAAGGAGCUCGAGGAGCUGCUAGCUGAAGAGAUCAGCAAGAAGGAAAAGGAGGAGAGGAAUGAUGACGAGCUCAAAGAGCUGCUGAGAGAGUUGAAGAAAAAGCGUUACGAGAUGAAGGAAACAGGGAGCCCAAAAAGCCAGUGGUCAGAAAAUGGUCAGGAGGAGGAUGACACUAAGCAAAAGGCGGCAAGAGACAAAGAGGAAGCUCAGCAGGAGAGUGUUGACGAUCACAGGAAGGAUGAGUUAGAGCUGAGUGUGGAGAAGGAAAAGGUGGAGAAGGAGCUGAAGGAGCUGACGCGCAAGAAUAGGCCAGAGGAGGAGAGUGCAAGAAAGGAGAAACGGGAGGAGCUGGACGAGCUGGUUAAGAAGAUGCAACGAGUGCAGGACGAGGCGCGAGCACAGGCGGGAGGCAAUGGUGCGGACCAGAGCAAGCGCGAGGAGGAUGAGGAUGAUGAAAGAGGAGGUAACAAUGGUGGAGGUGAGAAUGACGCGAGUAGCAAAGAGGGAGCGGUGGAGGUGAAGGAGCCACAGCAGAAGAGAGUGAUGGAGAAAGCCAGCGAUGAGGCCACUCGCCAGUUUGAGAGAGAGAGGUUCAAGGACCAGGAAGAGGAUGACGAUGAGCCACAUGGGGAGGAUGAGGAAGAUGAGGAUGAGUACAUCAGAGAGGAUGAAGAUGAUGAUGAAGGUGGUUUAGACGAUGAAGAAGGCGAGGAGCUGCUGGAGAUCGAAGCCCAGUUACGCAAAGUUGCCGCAGAGCUGAGAGAGCUGCGGAGAGGAUAACCACCCACCCACACACACACACACACACACACACACACACACACACACACACACACACACACACACACACACACACACACAGUUGCCCUUGGUUGCAUUCUCAUUCAAACAUUCGGCUCCC